GGGACGUGUCUCCAUAGGGUGGAAAUUAGCCUACGAAAAAGUGCACCAGACAGGACUUCUGCUGCAUCCACAGAAAGGUGACUGAAGCAAAGGCAAUUUAGACUCACCAGAAAUGUAAACAGUUGAAAAAAAUACCAUCACAACUGAGGAAAUUUUCACUUCAUAUAUUUCUUUCAUUGGCAUACACGUGGUGCUUCAGAUCAGGAAACCAUGAGCUGGUUUUCUCAAAUUCUGGAAAACUGGAUCAGUUACCCUUAUUUAGAAGAAUAUCUGACCUCAGUGGUUCACCCUUGGUGGUUACUUAUGCUUCUGAUUUUACUUUAUUCACCACUGAUAUGUUCGCUUUUGUUUUGCUGGGCUUUAUCAUUUCUGUUACAUAUUUACAGGAAGAUGAAUAACCAGCAAGAAAGUGAUGUUAGCAAAAUUUGGGAGAAACCAAGGAAACUUGUUGCUCAAGUUGUUCAUAUAUUUGGAAAGAUAUGGAAUGGUUAUGAAGUUAUUGGCAUGGAACAUCUCCCUAAAGGACCAGGGGUUAUUAUUUUUUAUCACUCAGUCACUACUACUGAAUAUAACUUUCUUGUGGCGAAACUUUUUAAGCAACAGAGACAGUGCUAUUCAGUAAUUGAUCAUGCCCUAUAUCGGAUACCAGGGUUGAGAACGUUUUGUGAUGUGAUCGGGCUGAAAGAUUUCAGUAAAGAUGAAUGUGUGGAAAUUUUGAAGAAAGGCCAUUUUCUGGGCCUUGCACCUGGUGGAGGUAGAGAAGCAAACUUUAGUAAUGACUACAACAUAAUGUGGGGUAAACGCACAGGUUUCGCUCGGAUAGCUUUGGAGGCAAAAGUGCCCAUCAUCCCUAUUUUUACACAAAACUGUUGUGAAAUAUUCAGGAACAUUGGAAAGACAAGGUUGACAAGAUGGUUAUAUGAGAAAACACGACUUCUCUACCUUCCCAUAUAUGGAGGAUUUCCAGUGAAACUAAGAACAUAUAUUGGAGAACCCAUCCCAUACGAUCCAAAUAUAACAGCUACAGAGCUGGCCGAAAAGGACUUCUUCUCCCCACCAUGUGCCCCAGAAUUUGCCCCAGAGGGUCCCUCCAAGGCCACUCCCCCAGUGGGGGACUCAGUAAGCACUACAAAGACUGCAAUUGAAAAUCUUCGGGAUAAAUAUCAAAAAAGGCCAGGAAGUAUAUUAAGAGCUCUUUCAGAACGAUUUGAUAAGCAUUACAAAACUAAUUAGUCCAUAUAAAACCGUUGCAGUGUUUCUGACGAGAUGUCUGUAAUAGGAAGCAUUAAUAAUUAUGUUAUUAAAGCUAAAUUGAUAU